AUUAAUGGACUCUAAUAUGAAGUAAAUGCAUUAACGGAGCAGGUUGCAGGCCUGGCUUGUGCCUUUGCCAUUUCUGCUACGUCCUUAGAGCUUAAUUUUGCAUACGUGUUUUAGCAUCUUUGUUGACUGCUGCAAGUGUUGAUUUUCCGUUGCGUUAGUCAUAAGCUGUUGGCUCCUCACUGCACUGUGAAAACCAUUAGGAAAAGGUCCUUGGGGUAAAACCUGGGGCUCCGCAGUGUUCCCUGCACUUGGGGCUAGAAAUUAUUUUAAAUGGCGACUGAUCUGUCUGAAGCUGAACCCGUGCAUCAUAAGGCGCUUCCACUCUUAACGGGAGCUCAGAUGAUCCACACGGACAAGUUAAGUGAGAAAGUUGAAGACGACACGAUGCCGAUCCGUCGCGCCGUGAAUAAUUCUUCCCGGGAAACUCCUCCCAAAAGCAAACCUGCUGAAGGUGAGGAGGUCAAAGCAGAUCCAGAAGUCACCUCUGAGGAAUCUGCCUCUGUUGGGGAAGAACAAGAGAGUGAAACCGCUCCUGCUGCGUCCACUGAAGCAGAACAGCCAAAGGAACCUGAGACCGAAGUGAAGGGGGAAACAAAGUCCUCAGAAGAAACCAAAAAGGAGGAGAAGGAUCAGUCCAAGGAAAAGGAGAAGAAGGUGAAAAAAACCAUUCCUGCAUGGGCUACUCUUUCUGCUAGCCAGCUAGCUAGAGCACAAAAGCAAACUCAGAUGGCUGCCACCUCACGCCCUAAGAUGGAUGCUAUUUUAACUGAGGCCAUCAAGGCGUGUUUUCAGAAGAGCGGUGCAUCCGUGGUUGCAAUACGGAAAUACAUCAUCCACAAAUACCCUUCCCUGGAGCUUGAGAGGAGAGGCUACCUUCUAAAGCAAGCGCUGAAAAGGGAGCUGGAGAGAGGAAUCAUUAGACAGGUGAAAGGGAAGGGAGCUUCUGGGAGCUUUGUGGUAGUGUCUAAUGCAGGAAAAACUGUUCUGAAAGCCAGAGACCGAAAGAGAAGCACUUCUGCUUCGACUCCAGAGCAGCAGGUCAAGCUGGAAGACAUCCUGCCCCUGGCUUUCACCCGCCUUUGCGAGCCCAAGGAAGCUUCUUACAGCCUGAUCAAGAAAUAUGUGUCUCAGUAUUACCCCAAACUCAAAGUAGAUGUAAGACCCCAGCUGUUGAAGAAUGCCCUGCAGAGAGCUGUAGAGAAAGGCCAGUUAGAGCAGAUCACAGGGAAAGGAGCGUCUGGGACAUUCCAGCUGAAGAAGUCAGGGGAGAAGCCCCUGCUGGGUGGGACUCUGAUGGAAGACGCCAUCCUGUCUGCUAUCGCUGCCAUGAAUGAGCCGAAGACCUGCUCCACCACAGCACUGAAGAAGUAUAUCCUGGAAAACCACCCAGGGACCAACUCCAACUUCCAGGUGCACCUACUGAAGAGAACCCUGCAGAAAUGUGAGAAGAAUGGAUGGAUGGAGCAGAUUUCUGGAAAGGGCUUCAGUGGAACUUUCCAGCUUUGCUUCCCAUAUUAUCCUAGCCCAGAUGUGCUCUACCCAGAGAAGCAGCAGGAUGAGGACUCGGAGGAAUCUGAUGAGGAAGAGGAGGAGGAGUCUGAGGAGGAAGAGGAGUCUGAAGAGGAAGAGUCUGAGGAGGAAGAGCCCCCACCAAAGAAGAGGCUGCAGAAGAGGCCCCCCCCGAAGUCGCGGAGCAGGGCCGCCCCGAUGAAGCGAAGAGAGGCCAAGCCCAAGCCCAGGAAAACGCCCGCGGCGCGGCGGGGCAAAGCCAAGCCCCCCGCCAAGGUGAAGCCCCCCGCCAAGAAGGCCAAGCCGCCCGCCCCGGCCAUCAAGAAGGCCUCUGGCGGCAGCGCCGCCAAGAAACCCGCGGCCGGGGGCAGCAGGAAGGAGGUGAAACCCUCUGCCAAGGGCAAAUCCACCAUGAGGAAAUCUCUCCGGGCAAAAAAGUAAUUUUGGGUUUUUUUUUUUCCAGUGUCAGGGAAUCCCAUGGUCAAACUUACAAUUUUGUUUUAUAACAUCAACGUGCAUUUGUAUUUUAGUUCUGAUGCUUAAACAUUUCUUUAUAUAUUUUUUUUUUCUUGAAUGAUGGCUAAAAGCUGAAAACUAAAUCAAACCAUCCCAAGCGUUUGCCAGAGGCCGCCGCGGCGCCCCGGGCCUGCCCUGGAACCGUCACCUUUAAUUCCCGCAAUAACUUUAGGCCUUUUCUAGGACCUGUAGCCUGUAUGUGUUUUACCCUGUUCCUCUUGGUUUAAAAACAACAACAAAAUGCUUUAAAAAAUCCCUAUCUUUAGCCGGCAGAAGCAGGACGACUGGGGAAAUGUAGUUGUGAAGGGGACGGUGCCGCCGCACUGGGGUCUCCUGUAGAUCCCCCUGUGUGACGAGGUCCCAGGGCUGCAGGGACGUCGCGCUCGGCCCCGUCGGAGCCGCUGCUCGAGGACGGGGCAGGCUGGGGCUCUGCGCGGGGCCCUUCUCGCCCGAGGAGGGGGUUUGAAUUAGUGUUUCCGCGCCACCUCUGUUACCUUAAAACCAAAACAUAUAAACGUCUUGAAUCCAACUUUCAAAUGUUUUUAAGAGAUGAGGAGCCUGCAUUUUUGGUCACUUCUCGUUUAUCCUUUUUUUAAAAAAAAAAGAAAAAAAAAGUUGGAGAGCUAUAAUGAUUGCUAAUGUAGAGAUGUUGAUACAUGAAAAACAUGCCGUUUGCUACAAUAAAAUGAACCUAGAUUCCA